UAUUAAUUACAACAAAUUGUGUUAUUAUCUUAAUCCAGCUAUCGGCUCCAUGGGAGAUGUUCUUCCUUUUAUAAAUGUGGGUGUGGGUUUCUCUCGUCGUGGGCAUGAAGUUAUAGUUGCUGCUAAUGUGCGAUUUAAAGAAUUGAUCGAAAAGAAAGGCUUUGAGUUUAGGGAAAUAAAG